CCCCGCAGGACAUGGCGAAGAGCCUGCGGAGCAAGUGGAAGAGGAAGAUGCGGGCGGAGAAGAGGAAGAAGAAUGCUCCCAGGGAGCUGGAGAGGCUGAAAAAAGGCCUGGGAGCCAACGCAGAUGUCGUCAUGGAGGAGGUCAAGGAGGUGGCGACCGUGCUGCCCGCCGAGAAAGUCCUCGAGCAGGGGGAUGACUGCAAAAUGGACAUAGAUAAUAAAAGAAACAAAAAAACUCUCCUAGACCAGCAUGGACAGUACCCAAUAUGGAUGAAUUCCAGGCAGAGAAAGAAGCUGAAGGCACAGCGUGUUAAAGGGAAAAAAAAAAAAUCAAAAUUGGCCAAAGGCCUAGUCUGGUAAAAUCAGAGUUUUGCAAGAUCAUGAUUAUUUUACUCACAAAAUAAAUAUCCCAGAUAAGUACAUGAUAUU